AUGAUACAAUCUGAUAGCCAAUACGUCUUGAUACACCGGCUGCUAUAUCAAUUACGCAAGCAACCCCAGACGCACCGCUACUCCCAGCAGUCGCCGCUGGAAAGCGGCCUGCAGUUAAUUCUGACGAUGAGGAAGACUGAUGCCGAUGAAUUUGCGGAACCAGAUAAGAACAGGGCAUCACCCUUACCUGACUUCCCUGAUACGCAGCAUCGUGCAUCCGGUAGAAUACGGAAGAAGUCGAGACUACUGGAUGGGUAUAUAGCUUGA